AGUAAAUAUUUCAAGCAUUGACUUAUAUAGCUAUAUCGAUUAUAUUAUUGUUUUAUUAUUGUUGUAUUUAAAGUUAAAAACCUCUCUGUUUUUCGACAUUUAUUCUUUGGUAUUUCCUUAAAAUCGUAUUACUCGAGCUUUUGCGGGAAAAAAUAGAAUUACCAACGCGCAUGCUUUUUGUCUUAGUUAGUUAGAAAGUGGAGAUUUAAACGCCCCCAGGCGGGAGGAUAUGACCCGAUAAAUAUUUGAAUGAGUCUACGGCCCAGGGUGGUCGUUGGGAAGGGAAUUACAAGAUGGCGGCCAGUGUUUGGAGAAGAUGUGCGCAGUAAAAUGUUUGCUGAAUGUUGAGCAAUUAAACGAUGGCAGAUAUAAAAUUAUUACUUCAUAGUUAUGGAGGGCAGGAUGACGAUCAAGAAGAAGACGACUACAGCAAGUAUUACGAAUCAUCAAUGUUAGACCAGACCAAUCCAGAUGACUUACUUACACCAUUGGAGAAGUUACAUAAAUACUGUACUAGUGAAAAUAUAUUUACCAGGCAAAUGGUAGCUCGAAGUAUUGUUGAAACAGUACAAUCAAUAUCAAAUGAGCAAGAAUGCUUGUCAUUAUUAGAUAUCAUUAAUAAACUCUCCGAUGAUAUUGAGCCGUCAGUACGCUGUGAGCUAAUGGAGCAGUUACCACCAUGUUGUAUGAUGAUCAUGGAUAUGAGGCUUGUUCCUGAUGCCAUAUCUUCAUUUAUUCUACCAGUGAUGGUAAAGUACUUGACGGAUCCUAAUAAUCAGGUUCGAAAGUUGAGUCAGAAUGCUCUUCUUCAGCUUAUGGAUCAAGAUUUAAUACAUCGAGAUGAUGUUGAAAGUCAGAUUUGUCCUGUUUUGUUGCAAUUGACUGAGCCUGACAGUGGUGAUGAUUUGAGAACAGAAGCUGUUGCACUGAUGACCAAAAUAACACCGCUGAUAGGAGGGGAUGUGACCGAAGAAUUAUUUUUGAAACGUUUCGGUGAUCUAUGUGCCGAUCCUUUGUUCCAUGUGCGAAAAGUUUGUGCGUCCAAUUUUGGGGACAUGUCUUCCGUUUUAAAACAAGAAACCACAGAGAACAAUUUACUUCCUUUGUUUGGACGUCUAUGUGAAGAUGGUGUUUGGGGAGUUAGAAAGGCAUGCGCGGAAACGUUUAUGGCUGUUUCAGGGACAUGUUCGAGAGAAGUAAAAUAUGAGAAGUUAUCUCCGCUCUUUGUUGGUUUGCUUUGUGAUAAAUCGAGAUGGGUACAAAUGGCGGCGUAUCAAGCACUGGGUCAAUUCAUAGCUACAUUUGCUGAUCCCAGGCGAACUGGUUUUGAAGUCAACGAGGAGGGAAAUUUAGUGAAGUGUGUAUUGGAUACCACGUUAAUUUUGGAGCGAGAUGAAACACAAGUUGAUCCUCGUACAAGGGGUGAAACAUCAGACACUACUGCUUCAUCUUCGAUCGAAGAAAGACUGACAAAUUCUUUACGAAACAAAGAAGAAGGCAAAAGCGAUCCGUCAAAUAAUUUUAAUUCUUUCGAAUAUUGGAGAACUCCUCUGCCAAACCUCGACGAAAGUAAUUCACUUGAAACCAAUACGAUGGAGAGUAAUUUAAAAAAUAGUGACUUAGAUUUAAAAAGUAAUGUAGAAAUAGACUCAGGUUUAACUAAACAAGAAUCCGAUAGUUCGUCGUCAACAAAAGAAGCGGACAAUUUAAAUGAAGAAAACGCGCCGUUGGACGAUACUAGUAUAACACAAGAGGAUGAAGGAUCGUCAGUAGUUAAAGUAGUCGUAGAAAGUUACCAUGGAAACGACGAUGAUGACGACAGUGAUAACAGCGACGAUUCUGUAAAAGAUAAAGAAGACGACAGAUCUGUGUCGCCACAUUCGUCAGGGCGGUAUCAUGACGAUCAAGAUUUUGACUUGUUUAAUGUAAAUCCUGCUUCUGAUGACUGUCACUCGGACGACGAGGAUCACUUACACACUAGCUCGAAUUACACUAGUUCGCUGGUGGAUGAAGAGUCUUUACGCAGUCAGAAAAUUGUCCCGCCUGCACUGUUGGAACAUUACAUCUCAAUGACAGAACCUAAUAAAACUCAAACUAUAGACGGGGAGUUACCAAGACACUGUGCGUUCACAUUACCCGGGGUCGUGUUAGCCCUGGGUCGCGAUAAUUGGCAUUUGAUUAAAGAAACGUACGACGUCCUCUCAUCUGAUAUGCAAUGGAAAGUUCGUCGGACGUUAGCGUUCUCUAUUCAUGACCUGGCGUUGAUCCUCGGACAAGAUAUAUGCGUUGCUGAUUUAGUUCCGAUAUUUAACGGGUUUUUAAAAGAUUUGGACGAGGUUCGUGUGGGCGUACUGAAGCAUUUAUACGAUUUCAUUAACAUCCUUCCUGUCGACCUACAAAAGGACUAUCUACACGUGUUUAUCGAAUUUCAACGAACUGACAAUAUGAGGAAUUGGAGAUUCCGUCAGGACCUUGCGCAUCAACUGAUGAGUUUAGUUCACUUAUACGACGUAGGAGAAGUGGCGGAGUUCAUUUGUCCUGUUUCCUUAGAUCUUGUAUGCGACAAAGUUGCUGAAGUUCGGGAGUAUUCGUUUCACUUGCUUUGUUUGUUGGUGCAGAAACUUUGUGAGGAAAGUAACAAAACAUCGAUACAUAAAUUCGCUACUAAUAUAAUGUUUCUUGCGACGCAUCACCAGCACUGGGUGAAAAGAAAAGCAUGUGCUCAGAUUUAUCUUCGCUUUCUGGAAGGCAAUUGGUAUGAUGCAGCGUCGUUUACGAACGAUUUUUUAGCUAGUUUGUUGACUUUAUGUUCUGAUGUUGUUCCCAACGUUCGGAUGAUAGCUGCUAAAGCCUUGUUAGCUUUUAUAAAAACUGACCACUACCAAAAUCUUUCCGAGGAAGACGAACCACGCAAGCUUGUCGCUCGUACGCUGGAAGCCCUCCAGUUGGAUGACGACCGAGAUGUUAGAUAUUUUUCCGGUGGAAAAGUCCAAGAAAGAGUAUCCCAGAAUUCAACUUUUGUGACUGAACAUUUACAUCAAGCGGGCGUGUCUAUGAUACAAAGGGGCGUACAUGAAUACGCCAUUAGUGAUGAUGACGACGAGACUGAGUACGAUGACGACAUGGGCUUUGUAGAAGAGGUAUACAUAGAGGAGCAGCCAAAUAAUAAUGAAAUAAUAGUUGAAGAAUAUUACGUGGAGGAAGAGCCUGGUGAAGGUAAUGAAGACAAUCAGUUUUACGUAGAAGAAAUCAUUGAAGAGAUAAUUGAGACUGUAGGGAGCACUAAAGACGAGAAAAGCUGAUUUGUUUUGUCCGUUAUUAGGUUUUUAUAAAUUUAUAUUUCAGCGCAACUUUUUUGUAUCUAGUAUGUCAUUUUAAUGUGGAUAGCGUGACACUUUUUGUUAAGCACGCAGCGCCUUCACACACGCCGCCACACGACAUACCAGUUUUAAGUUACAAUGAACACGGGCAUUCCGUUGUCUCACUUAACCAAACUGCUAAACUAAUAACAUUGAAUAUCUGCUGGACAGUUUUAACACUAAAGUGAGAAACAUUUUAUAACUGUUCUACCCUAAAACAUUUUAUAAAACGCAACAAAAAUAACCUUGCAGCUAACCAUGCUUUUUUAACUCCUUCGAUAACUUUUUUUAAAACGAAAUAAUUUUAUAUUUUAUUCUUCUGUGCGGCUGUGGCUAAGGAGUGUUACAGCCACAGACAGAAGAGUAAUGGGUUUUAUUUCUGUGACGUAUAUGUUACAGGUUACCAUGACUAAAGGUCAGUACGCAAAACUUAAAAAACUUGAUUUUACGGAGAUAUUUUACGUAUUAAAAUUCACGUGUAUAAAUUCCUUUGUACUGAUGCUAGUAAAUUAAUUCUUUAUACAA